CCUGGGUGGCUCUCCUGAUCUCUGCUCACAGGUUUCCUCUUUUGCAUCUUCAUAUUCUAGUCACGUCCAGUGAAAAGGGCAGGAGUUAGAUGACCAUACAGGUCCCUGAGAACAGCCCCGGUCCUCUCACUUCUCCUCCACGCCUCCUACCCUGCUUCCUUUAUUGUCUCCACGUCUGUUUCACCGCGUUGAUCUGCUCAAACCAGAGGACAGCAUGACAGGAGGACUGAAGGACGGCGAGACAGAAGAGGAGUUUCUGCAUUCGCCGUUCAUCCGAAAACAAGGGAACAUUUACAAACCUAACAACAAAGACAUGGACAACGACAGUAUGAACGAGAAGACGAUGGAUGACAUCCACACCAAAGAGAUCGACCUGGUCAACCGGGACCCGAAGCGCAUAAACGACGAUGUAGUCAAGGUAGACUUUGAGGACGUGAUCGCCGAGCCUGAAGGGACCUACAGCUUCGACGGCGUGUGGAAAGCUAGCUUCACCACCUUCACCGUCACCAAGUACUGGUGCUACCGGCUGCUGACGGCCCUGGUCGGCAUCCCCCUGGCGCUGAUCUGGGGUAUCUUCUUCGCCAUCCUGUCCUUCCUGCACAUCUGGGCCGUGGUGCCGUGCGUCAAGAGCUACCUGAUCGAGAUCCACUGCGUCAGCCGCGUGUACUCCAUCUGCGUGCACACCUUCUGCGACCCGCUGUUCGAGGCCAUGGGCAAGUGCCUCAGCAGCAUCCGAAUCAGCACGACCAAGGAGGUUUAACGUCCACGAAAAAGGGAGGAGGAGGAUUAACGGAAAGAGGGGGAGGGAAGACGGGAGGGCUAGAGCAACACAGAUGGAGGGAAAAGUCACAACAGAGAAGAAGAAGAAGAAGAAAAAAUAGACCUCUGGAAAACGCGAGGUGAGACUUUUCCAGAGCUGGAAGUGAAGAGGCGUGGUCACAUGGCACCUGACCCCGCCUUUUUCCACCAGCUGUUUGUUUCUCUCCAGUGUUGGCGUUACCAAACGGGUGGGCACAGGAAAUCAAAGGGUCGUUCUCCGGGGUUUUUGUUGUUGUUUUUUAGUUUUUUUUAUUCCUCUCUGUUAAUUUUUAUCAAGCAAGCGACCAAGCUUCAUUUCUGUUUUUCUGUCAUUUUUUGCCAAAUGAUGUAAAUUCCUUCCAUUCUUUUUGUGGAGAGCUUCUCACUCUGAGUGAUUCAUGUGAAGAGGGGAUGUCAGGUUGUACCACCGUCUUCUCUGGCGCUUAUUAGUGUUUGUGUUUUUUUGGUUUUUUUGGAGCCGUUGGGCAGGGCAGGGCGGCUGGACGUCGGGGGUUAGGGGGGGUCAAAGCGGAGAGAACGAGUGAGCGCUGCCAAAUUCUAUCUGACUCAGCAAAAUCAAAACAAGCCUGCGAGCCGAAACAGCACAGCAACAUCCCUCCAUCCGCUCCCCCCCCCCCCCCCCCGUGACCUCCAACCCACCAAAGCCAGCCGCCCCCCUGUCCUUCCCCCUUUCCCCUGGCUUCCCAGCAGUCUGACACACUGAACCUGCCCUCGUUCCUGCAUGCACCUGCUUCGCCCUUGCCAGCAACUCGCCGUCCGCCACCGCCACACGCCUGCCCCACCAUCUGCAUCUCAGCUCACUCGCUUUGCUCCAUCUCCACCUCAAAACCAAAAACUCCAUCAUCACCAUUAUCCUCGUGUGUUUGACUGAGAUUGUCAGCAUUUCAUUUUUUUUUUACAUAAAUGAUUCUUUUUGAACUCCUUUGUGGGUUUACUGACCAACUUUGGCCUUUUUUAUUUUCCAGUGAAGCUCUUAAAUGCACCAUAGUCCCAUAGUGAAUGCUUCUUUUUUUUCCCUACACUAUGAAUAUGAAGAACUUUGUGGGUUUAACUUGUAUGAUGUUGUUUUACUAUCCUGUAUGUACUGUAUACAAGCUAUGGCCUCAUUCCAGUGCACUAAUCUAUGGGAAAGUAUUGUUAGUGAAUAGCACUAUUGGAGAUCUCCUGUCUAUAUUAGCAGAGGUAGCAGAAUACUAGCGGUCACUUUUGGACGCUCUGCGCUCUGGGUGGUGCAGUGACAAGCUUGUGUGGAGAUGUUUCUUAUGCGCUGUGGUACUUGCACAGGUUAAUGCAUUGGAAUUAAGAUAAUGUGAGAUGGAAUGUGUGAUAUUUUUUUUUUAAUGCAUUUAAGUUGUUAUCUGGUCAUUAUUUUGCAACCCAUUCAUCUUUUUUUGUUUUUUUGUUUUUAAUUUUUACCCCAAGUAAAUUGACUGUGGACACGACGCUGAUAAGCGUCAAACUGAUGCCUCCCGACCCAGAGAUGGGCGGAGGGAGGGACUAUUGGAUGGGGUUUCUGCAAUGGGGAGGGGGGUGGGGU